UUUGCCUCCGGCUCUGCGCUCACCUGCUGCCCAAGCCUCCCGCUCCUGUCCCAGGUCCCCGGAGCAGGCCUCGCAUCCCGGCCCCAGACCCAACUCUCCCCGACCCUCAGCCCCGGCCGCGCGCUACGCCACCAGGGGGCGCCGUGUGAGCGCCCUAUCCCGGCCACCCGGCGCCCCCUCCCACGACCCAGGCGGGAGGGGGGCGCCGGGGGCCAUGCGGGGCCAGGGCCGCAAGGAGAGUUUGUCCGAUUCCCGAGACCUGGACGGCUCCUACGACCAGCUCACGGGCCACCCUCCGGGGCCCACUAAAAAAGCGCUGAAGCAGCGGUUCCUCAAGCUGCUACCGUGCUGCGGGCCCCAAGUCCUGCCCUCAGUCAGUGAAAUCGGUCGGGUCUUCCGCUUUCUCGGUGACAGUUCGCUCCCUUCAGCAUUAGCCGCCCCAGCCUCCCUCCGCCCCCACAGACCCCGCCCGCUGGACCCAGACAGUGUGGAGGAUGAGUUUGAACUGUCCACUGUGUGUCACCGGCCCGAGGGUCUGGAACAACUGCAGGAGCAAACCAAGUUCACACGCAAGGAGUUGCAGGUCCUGUACCGAGGCUUCAAGAACGAGUGUCCCAGCGGAAUCGUCAAUGAGGAGAACUUCAAGCAGAUUUACUCCCAGUUCUUUCCUCAAGGAGACUCCAGCACCUACGCCACUUUUCUCUUCAAUGCCUUUGACACCAACCAUGACGGCUCCGUCAGCUUCGAGGACUUUGUGGCUGGCUUGUCGGUGAUUCUUCGGGGGACGGUAGAUGACCGGCUGAAUUGGGCCUUCAACUUGUAUGACCUCAACAAGGACGGCUGCAUCACUAAGGAGGAAAUGCUCGACAUCAUGAAGUCCAUCUAUGACAUGAUGGGCAAGUACACGUACCCUGCACUCCGCGAGGAGGCCCCGAGGGAACAUGUGGAGAGCUUCUUCCAGAAGAUGGACAGAAACAAGGAUGGAGUGGUGACCAUUGAGGAAUUCAUUGAGUCUUGUCAAAAGGACGAGAACAUCAUGAGGUCCAUGCAGCUCUUUGACAAUGUCAUCUAGCUCCCCAGGAGAGGGGGUUAGUGCGUCCCAGGGGGACCAUACUCCAGCCCUAGUCUAGGCAGACCUCACCUUCUCUCCCAGGUCUGUCCUCAUCUUAGCCCUACUCUGAGAGCUGUAGGGAUCCAAGAGUCUGGGGACUCCCUAGUCCAGAUCACUGGAGCAGAAAGGGCCAGACAGCGGGCAGAGUACAUCUAGGAGGUGUUCCCAGCUCCCAACAGCUUUGACCCCCUUCCUGCCUGACACCCAGUGCUGAGGGCACCCCUGCAGUAGGAAUCGUUGCCCCGCCUCCCACCUUCACUCCAGAAACGUUCACACUAGCCAGAAUGUCUCCUCCUAUGGUGCUUCCCCCUCCCUGAUUUCAUAAACAUUUCCCUUAAAAUUCCCUACCCAGUGAGGAUGCUCUGUUCUCCAGUAGCUGGCUUUUCAGACCAGCCUUUGAAAAGUCCUGUGAGAGGGGGAAAAGGAUGUAGAGGUUAGGUCCUAGGAAGUGGCUGGGCUGGAAAACAGGAAGGCCUGAGAAGACUGUGAGAGCUCAGGCGUGCCAGGCUGUAGCUCUGAUUUCCACAGGUCUGCUAUCCCCCCUCCAUCAGAAUGUGAGUUUCUAGGCUUUUCGGAAGGUAUCUCCUUGGAAACACUGCAGAAAUUUUCCAUUCCCUCCUUAGUCUCCUAGGAGAGCCCGGGAUCCAGAUAUCUGGCACAUCCCUAGAAUUCUUUCCUCCCCACCCUCCUGCUUGUGUUGGUGGUGGGGGCGGCAGGAGAAUGAGAAUAGGGGUGGAUGUCCUUGCUGACACCUGCCACACUUUCUGCCUGCCUGGCCUGCUCGUCGGCUGCUUUGAUGGCUAAGGCUGGAGUCUGCAUUUGCCAUGUCCUCUAGAUUUGGAGGUAUGGAGUGAGUCAGGGACCUUCCCAAACCUGGGUCCUUUUGCUCUCCCAGCAGAUGCCUUAGAAGAGGGGAAGAGGGAGGCAGGAGGCAGGCAUAGCAUCUGAAUCCAGAGUGGGGACUUCAUUAGAAUCUUUAAACAACCCAGGCUGGACUUAAAGUACACACAGCCUCCUCGAUUCCCUGGGGUCUCCUUUUGCUCUGUUCAGUCUACCCAGAGAUGUCCCUGAGCACAGCUAGAGGGCAGGGACCACGUGGUUGCCAGCACCGCUGCCAUGCUGCCACCCCUAAUAUACCUGCUUGUCCCAUUUAGCUCCCAGUCAGCAGCAGCUGAAGAGAAGGGCCCCAGGGGGCCCCCUUUCCAUCAGAACACUGUUGACUGCUUUGCAUUUUUGGCUCUUCUGUAUAUUUUGUAAAACAAGAAGUACACCAGAUCCAAUAAAACACAACGGCUAUGCACA